AUGCAGGUCACUCACAAUAAGCACCUAGGCGAACAAGAGCUUAGGAGAAUACGUGGAAGCGAAGCAAACCCGGACAAAGAAGAUAAGGAGCACAAUUACAAGCAAUGCAAGAUUUAUGAUGAUAUUAUCGAUGAUGACGUCAACGAUGUAGAGGCAGUUCAUCGUGAGAGCGUGAAUGUGAAAGCCUCUUCUCAAUUACACGAGCUCACUAAAUUCCGCAAGUUACCUACAGAAAUCAGAGAAACUAUAUGGAAGCUUGCAAUCAACACCACACUCAUCGAAGUCCACGAAGAUAGCCGUCACUUGACUCAAUUUGUAUAUCCACAGGAAGAAGUUAUCUGGAGCUGCAAGUUGAUGUUAAGACAUGCUCAUACCAGCUCCGAAGCUCGAUGGAUUGUCGCAAGGAAAAUGUUUCGCUUUGGCGGUGAUGAAUACAAACACCUUACUGACAAAACGAUGGAUAAGUGCAUAUUUCCGGUAGUGAACGAGAUAACACUCCGUAAAGUGGAUGAUGUGAUCAAAUGCUCAAUGCUACAAAAUUCCGCGGAAAUGUGCAAUGGGGUGUACAUAGGGAUUUUAAGUGAUGAGCUUAAAGAGGAACAUGCAAAGCACUUGCAAAAGCUCCUUGAGGCUUAA